AUGGCUUCCCAACCCCCUGGAUGGUAUCCCGGCUGCCCCCAAGACCCGCGACCCUUGCCAGAGGCAACUGCACUGAAAUAUCAACACCUCUGCCCGGGAGGUGUCUUUCCUCCGGGUUGGAAACCCUUGCCGGGGAACACCGGAGCUAUUCCUUCGAACCCUCCUGGGUCUGUUCCGCCACCUGCUUCGGUUGCAUCGGGCUCCAGCUCUCAUUACAGUAGCGCUUCUCAACGUGUUCCGGCCCCGGCGUCUGUUGCAUCAGGAUACAGCUCUCAUUACAGCUCGACAUCAGGAGCCCCGUCCGUCGCAUCCGGCCAUGGAUCCAAUCAUGGUGGAUACUCUCCGUCUGCCGCCGGAGCGCCCUCAGUCGUGUCCGGAUACAGCUCGCAUUACAGCUCGACAUCAGGAGCCCCGUCCGUCGCAUCCGGCCAUGGAUCCAAUCAUGGUGGAUACUCUCCGUCUGCCGCCGGAGCGCCCUCAGUCGUGUCCGGAUACAGCUCGCAUUACAGCUCGGCGUCGGGAACGCCGUCAGUGGCAUCUGGUCACAGCUCUCAUUACAGCUCAGCAAGCACGCAACGCCCAGGUUCGUCUCACUCGAAUCGUGCGCCGUCGGUAGCAUCUGGCCGUGGCUCUCAGUAUAGCUCAGCCAGCACUCAACGGUCCAGCUCUUCACGCUCGAAUCGAGCACCAUCCGUCGCGUCUGCGUACAGCUCGCAUUACAGCUCAGCCUCAGGAGCACCAUCUGUUGCAUCUGGUGCUGGCUCUCAUUACAGCUCUGCGAGCACUUUGCGGCCCAGCUCGUCCCACUCUCAUCGAGCUCCGUCUAUAGCAUCUGGGGCUGGCUCUCAUUACAGCUCAGCCAGCACUCAGCGGGCACCAUCCGUCGCAUCUGGUAUUGGCUCUCAUUACAGCUCAGCAAGCACCCAACGCCCAAGCUCAUCUCACUCUCACCGAGCACCCACCUCAGUUGCGUCCGGCACAACAGGAUACUCCGGAUACAGUGGACACAGCGGCUCAAGCAACCGCCCUGGAUCGUCUCAAUCCAUCGCUGGAUUGUCCAUUGACCAGUUUGCUGCCGCGCUCGGCGCCCUCAAUCUCGAACACGCCCAAUCUUCCAGCGGGGCUACUCAGGGUCCUCGGUCGACAACUUCUAGUCGAUCAGAUGUUAUCUACGUCAACGGCCCGAGUACCAUGACUGUCUGUAGCGAUCAAAGUAGUACAGAGGAGGAACGCGCUUACGAUGCGUACAUGAUGUCACAACCAAGUUCAGGUGGUGUCUAUAUACAUCCAGGGGUUCCUGGAGUGCCUCCUUUCGAGGUAAAGCACCUCGACCGAGACGGAUAUCCCCGUGAUCGAAUCCCUACUGCCACACCGUAUUAUGGUUCUGGUACUGCAUCACAGUAUGGUUCUGGUACUGCAUCACAGUAUGGGUCUGCCGCCGGAUCGCAGUAUGGCUCUGUCGCCGGAUCGCAGUAUGGAUCUAUCGCUGGAUCACAAUAUGGGUCUGUCAUGGGCUCCAGCUCCGUCGCUCCUUCCACAGUCCGGUAUUCUCCUUCCAGGUCCGGAGGGUCCAGGUCAGGCGGCUCCAGGUCCGGCGGCUCCAGAGCCGGAUCAUGUCGGGGCUCCGUCGCGGGCUCUGUUGCUGGAUCCGCAGCACCAUCGAUCGCACCCUCUAUGCUCCGGGGACCAGAGUCCGUUGCAGGCUCGCUCUGGGAUGGUGGACGGACAGUCAUUGAAGAUGAUUCAAUCUCAAUGGCCGGAUCACGCCCUAGGGGUUCUGUCGCCGGCGGGACCGUACGGUCAUUUGGCGGAAUGGGUUCAAGGAGUCCAGCAAGGCGGGAAUCCGCCUCGACGGACCUCAUCUCGGACGCGGCACUCGACAACUUCACAGUGGUCUGCCCCGUCUGCGCGACGUCAAUGAGGGCUGUUGAGAGCACCAGCCGGAACCUGGCCAAGAUCUUGCACUGUGGACAUAUGUUGUGCAUGGAGUGUUGCAUCCGUAUCUGUGCCAACGUCGAUGGCCGCCGCAGCAAUCCAAAUGGACGCAAGCCACAGUGUCCCAUUUGCAAGGAGCCUCUUGGAAAGUACCCGAAUUGUGGCCAGAGCUGUCUAGCUCCGGGAAGGGUUGGGCAUCCGAUGCCUAGAAACAUGGACGAAAUGAGCAAGGUUCCUCUCACGAUACCCGAGGGCGGUGCGAAUCCGAGCUGCUGCAAGAUUUGUCGGAUCAAGCGUAUCGAGAGACUGAGCAGGAAACUUGUCCGCGAGAUUGUGAAUGACCAGCAGGCGAUGGUGAAAUGGACUCCAGCUGUGGAUGCGGCGCGGCAGGAUGAGAGAGACUGCAGCAACUAUGUCGAGGUACCGGAGUUGCAGAAGUUUCUUGAUGUUUUAGCCGAUGUGGUGAGGGAUCCUGAGGUUUACCGGAAGUACACGAACCUGCAACCUCAGAAGUUCAGUCCUCCACAGAGUGCCAAGGCUAUCAUUCCUGACCGCAAGAGGGAGGUGUAG